CGGAUGGCCCUCCCCUUCCACCGCCUCCUCGAUAAAUACUGGGAAGAGAUGGGGCCAUGAGCUCAGUACCAGCGACGAGUCCUGCUACAGAGACACUGAGGACAAGUCAGGGGCCCGCAAGACUUCUAAUUGCUAAUUGAAGACCACCUGAGAAGCCAUGACCAGAACACUGAUCUUGCUCCUGUCUGCUCUUUGCUGCUGCCUAGCGGUCAAUGUGGAGCUGCUCCGCUCUAAGAGAGGCACUCGUUUUUACAGAGUACAUUGUGUGGACGCUGAGACGUCAGCAGUCCGUAUUUUUGGGGACACUUGGCUGCGAUGGAGGGGACAGCGUGUGGAGUAUUGCCGUUGUGCGUUAAAAGGACGAGAGCGUUGUCAUAUUGUGCCCGUCAUCAACUGCUACGUGUCUCAGUGCUACAAUGGAGGAACCUGUAAGGAGGCCGUGUACACUUCGGACUACAUUUGCCAGUGUCCUGCAGGCUACAGUGGGACUCAGUGUGAGAUCAACUCCAAUGAGAAAUGCAUUGUGGGGCAGGGUGAAGGGUACCGCGGCACAUGGAGCAUCAGCCAUUCGGGAGCGCAGUGCAUCAACUGGAACGCUACGUCUCUGAGGGGAAGGAGGUUCACUGCUAGGAAAGUCGACGCCAGCGGUCUUGGAUUGGGCAAUCACAACUUCUGCAGGAAUCCUGACCACGACAGCACUCCUUGGUGUUAUAUCUAUAAAGGCACUCAGAUCACCUGGGACUUUUGUUCCAUCACCAAAUGUCCAGAAGAUGACUACAAAGAAUGUUUACGGGGCUCCGGUCGGUCAUACCGAGGCACGGCAUCCGUUGCGAAGAGCGGCUCGCGCUGCCUCCCCUGGGACUCUCCUGCUGUCAAGCACAAGCUGAACAACGCGUGGAGGUCCGACGCAUUGGAUAAGGGACUGGGCAGCCACAGCUUCUGCAGGAAUCCUGACGGUGAUGCAGGUCCGUGGUGUCACACAUACAAGAGCAUGCAGCUGACGUGGGAGCUGUGUGACAUUCCGAAAUGCUCGAGACGUCCAUCCAUCAGCAGCACUCUGGGCCCACGUGCCCCUACCACCAACAACAAUAAUGCCAUGGCGGGCCAACGCUUUAGACAACCCGUUUGAAAUCGCCCGUUGUUCCGCAUGUUCGGGUGGUAGAGAGAACGGACAUCCCAGAGCAGCCCAUGGCAGGUGGCCAUAAAUUUUCCCCAGGCCCUCCACAGAAAGCAUUUUCCCGCCGGCGGAGGAAUCCUCAUUGACUCCUGCUGGGUCCUGUCUGCUGCACACUGCUUCGAAGACAAUGACAAAGCAGAAAAAUUGGAAGUUAUUUUAGGAAGAACAUUUCGGAAGCAGAAUUCCAGCAGCGAGCAGAUUUUCAAGGUGGAGAAGUACUGGAAUCACGAGAAAUUCCACAACGAAACAUUUGACAACGACAUCGCUCUCUUGAAGCUAAAGACGGACAUUGGCAUCUGUGCUGUAAACUCUCCAGAGGUUCUUCCCGCGUGUCUGCCUGAACGUGGGCUGGUCCUGCCUGACUGGACCGAGUGUGAGAUCUCAGGCUACGGAAAAGACUUUGAAUUUGCUGCGGAGUUCUCCGAGCGGGUCAAGAGAGGUUUUGUCCGGCUGUGGCCCAAAGAGCGCUGUGUCCCAGACGUGCUGUCCCAACGCACCAUCACAUCCAACAUGCUGUGCGCAGGGGACACCCGAGGCCUGGACGACGCCUGCAAGGGAGACUCUGGUGGCCCGCUUGUCUGUCGGAACAACGACAAGAUGACUCUGAUGGGUGUGAUCAGCUGGGGCGACGGCUGCGGGCAGAGGGAUAAGCCUGGGGUCUACACCCGUGUGACCCAUUACAUUGACUGGAUCAAGAGCAAAAUCAAAGCAAACCCUGUCUAAAGUAAGAGAGACUGCCAAGACAACGUUGAUGGACGAGCAUACCCAAAAACUAAACUGUUAAGCAGCCAACGCUGAUAUGUGGAUCAUUGGAAGGUUCACCAGACAGAACCACAGGAGAGAACCACAAUUCCUGCGUUUCAUGAAUACUUUGUCCAACAAAACUUGAGGUUCAGGAAGAAUAGUGGAUAUCUGUGUAUUCCUCUGCUCAUUUGGGAAGACUUUGUCCUGGUUUAUACAAAUAAGUCUCUGUUGGUGGACUUCAGGUCAGUAGCUAGUAGUAGUAGUAACUUUUAAUCCAAAAGCUGUGCAGAUUGCAGUAAAUCCAAUAGAUUUUUUAACAGGUUUUGUGCAAAGAUUUUCUAGAUGUGAGAUUGUUGCCUCAAUUACACAUGUUCUGCAUCAGCUCUCUCCGGCGCUUUACAGGUUCCAGACCAAAACAAAGCAGAUCUGCUGGCUCAGAUUAACUUUUGUUGCUUCUAUCGGCUCCGUGCUGCCUUGUAAAUUCGGAAAGGUGGAAGUUAUGAGACACUGAUCCAAGAAACCCGUGCCCUGUUCCUUUUCCUACGAGUUGCUUUUAACUGAGAUCUCCAGAACACUCCUCACCAGACACCUGGGUUGAGCCCAGCAUGUAUAUAACAGGUAUAUUGUCUGAGUAUUAGUUUUUAUAUUGCAAAAUAAGUUAAAGUUACAUAAAAUUAAUAUUUAUGUGUUAUGUAUUUUAUAUUGGAGUAACUACUUUUGUAGUGUGUAGUUUGAUAAUGUAUUGUCUCUGUCAUUAUAACCACAUCUGGCAACAUACUCCUUUGUCAAAAAACAAUAUUUGUAAUAAAUAUUUCUUGCUCAUUUUAUCACCUUUGAUAAAUGAUUGAGAAUUUAAUCAUGUCAUGGCUGAAAAAAUCUUUUUCAAUUUAAACAAAUAAUAUUCAAGGUUAAAGGUAAAGGCUAGAUUUAUUCACCUAUAACAGAUAUGGAAAUCAAAGUGAUACCAUUCUGAUGAACAAUAAUCACAAGAAAGUAGCGAAUAAAUGAUAAACAAAACAGAUAGCAGUAACAAACAAAACCACAACUCUGAUGCAAAUUAAAUAUAAAUGACACUUUACGGCCUCAAAUCCUUCUGGUUCUUCGCACUGUCCCUGACGUAAAGUAAACCACAGAUUUAUUCACCACUAUUUUGUUGAAGGAAAAUGAUCAAAUGACGAGUAAUGCGGUGCACUAUUGCAAAAAGAAAAACAUUGGGGUGGAAUUAAAGCCUUCACAGUUGGCAAUUCAAAGUGCUGCACAUAAAACUGAAGUAGAAAAGCAAGGAGAUUUAAAAAACAGUCAAGAACAUUGAUUAAAACAUAGAAGGAAAAACAGUCAUUAAAAAGAUAAAAGACAAUAAAAAUAGAAUUAAAUAGAAUGAAAUUUGCUGUUGUUAAAGCUGAUCCUUAAAAGGUUACAUUCUAAUUUCAUUUGAUUGUUCUAUGGCCCUGUCUAUUUUCAUGAUGUUCCCUGUACAGUUUAAGAAAAUAAAAGAUAAAGUCAGUAAAAAUGA